AUGUCUCCCACGAUGCAUUUGGCACCCCACACGGCCGCAUACGCUCCCACUUCCGACGCCAUGGAUCGUCACGAGUACGGCGUCACCAAGAACCGCAAGGCGGCUUCGACCGGCGGCGGUAGAGCAUGGAGCGAGGACGAGGAAGUCUAUCUCCUCCAGACUCGUCUUCAGAAGAUGCCUUACAAGCACAUCGCCGCUCACUUGAAGAAGACUGAGCUGGCAUGCCGUCUUCACUACCACCAGCUUAGCCACGGCAGCAACCGACGCAAGCAGCGGACGACCUCGGUCUCUUCCGGUUCUUCUGUAAACCACUCCCCCGUUAUGCAGCCAACGAUGCCUACUCCAAUCCGGGAGUCGACUCCUCGCUCCGUGUCUCCCCCCGGCCGCUCGACGAGCUAUGCCCCCGUCUCGCCCGCCCCUAUGCAACUCCCCAGCAUCAUGGGCAACGGCGCUUCCCCUCGUCUGCCCGCCAUUCUUCCCAAGCCGGUCUGCAUGACCCUGCCGCCUCGCACAGCUUCUCCCAACCGGGGAUAUCCCACCCCUCUUCCCGAGCCUCACAGCGCCCCUCUCCCCCCUGCCGCCUUUCAGUCCAUGUCCGGCAGCCUCCCCAUGACGCCGCCGCUGCGUUUGGAAUGCGCUCUCCCUCCCCCGCAACCGCCUGUCAACCACCACCACGUUGAUAUGAACCGCUUGCAGUCCGUUUACACUGCUCACCGCGACUCGUUCUGGGCCGCCGUCGCCAAUGACUACGGCCCAGGUGCCAGCCCAGUCCUUUUGGAGCAAGCUUGGAAGAGCGGCGCAUGUUGCAGCCAGCACCAGGCCAACACACCCAUCACGCCGACUUCCAGCCCCGACAACACGGAUCGUGAUGGCUACGACAAGCCCCAAGACAAGACGCGCAUCUCUGCCAUCCUUGGCAUCGACGCCAACCCGCGCUCUCCCCGUGAGCGUGAGUUGGUGAGACGUAUGGAGGAACAGCGCGUUGGAGCCUAA